UUAUUCCGUAACUAUAGCAACAGGAUCAAAGUUUGUUUUUGAUUACCAUGAAUUUGGACUUAGACAUUACAGAACUUUGGGUUAAAAAGCAAAAGUAAACAUUCAAACAACGAUUUUGAUAUAAAAUAACCUGCAAAGUGUAAAACUUUUACAGGUGUUUCUUUUAUAAUUUCUUCAAUUAUUAUUAUUAUUUGAUAAGUUUAGCAUUGACCAGAUUUCACGCAAUUGCAUGAUAUUUUUAUAAUAAUUGUCAUGGCUGAUGAUGCUCAAGUAUCCAAGUACUCUUUUCUAGCAGAAUGGUAUGAUACAGAAGCAUUUCUUCUUAAGAAAUUCCUGUUGUUUUUCUUUCCAUUCGAUUCAACAUUGGAAUUGUAUGACCUCAAGAAUCGUCGCACUUUCCUCAAACGAACUACAGUACCUGGUGUGAGAUUGAAAGACCUCUUUAUUGGCAAUACAGUUGAAGUAUACUCUCGACAGUUGAAAAUAAUCGAUUAUGGUGAUGAUACGACAAGGAGCAAAAUGUCUAUUUCUUUGCAAAAAACUUUUGGGAUGAUUAAACCUGAUGGCUUGAAGCACAAAGGAAAUAUUUUCAGAACAAUUUACAAUAAUGGGUUUGUAAUAUCCAAACUGAAAAUGGCUGUUUUGACUAAAGAUCAAGCGUCUCAUCUCUACGAACAACAUAGGAGUGAAUCAUUUUUCUCGUAUCUGAUUGAGCAUGUAACGUCGGGCCCUGUGAUUGCGAUGGAACUGAUCGCAGACCGAGCGAUUGCAAACUGGUCCCGAUUGGUCGGACCCACUGAUCCGCUAGAGGCCCGAAGGUCCGCGCCCAAGUCCAUCAGAGCCUGCUAUGGCGAGUCAGUUAGUCACAAUGCAGUUCAUCGAGCCACAUGCGAGGAACAUGUUCAGAAGGCAAUUGAUAUUUUCUUUCCCACUGAGCCUACGGAAAUAAUAAAAUCUCCCAGUUCUUGUGCAAAGUUGAAAAAUACUACUUGCUGCAUAAUCAAACCUUGUGCAGUUAAAGAGGGUAAACUUGGCGAUAUAGUAUCAACCAUAACUGAGAAUGGGUUUGAAAUAACUGCUAUGCAGAUGUUUUUCAUGGAUAGACCAAACGCUGAGGAGUUCUAUGAAGUUUACAAAGGAGUUGUCAACGAAUAUCAAGCCAUGGUUAAUCAUUUGAUGUCAGGUCCUUGUAUUGCCUUGGAGAUAUCCGCAUUCGAAAAUGAAGACACAGCAGUGAAAUUCAGGGAACUAGCUGGUCCUGCUGAUCCAGAUAUCGCCAGAAAAUUGAGACCAAAUACGAUAAGAGCUCGAUUUGGAAAGGAUAAAAUUGAGAAUGCUAUUCAUGUAACUGAUCUACCUGACGAUGCACCUCUAGAGGUUUUAUAUUUUUUCAAGAUAUUAUCACUGGCUGCUUGAAACCUGGAUUAAACUUUAAAAUUUAUAAUACGGCUCGUUUUAUAAUAAUGUUAUCCAUUGUUUGGCAAUUGAUGAAAACCUUGAUUGUCAUUAUUUCUUGAUUGAAAGCAUUUUUAUGAACAAAGAUUGCUAGAUUUGUCGUUAGUUUUAAAUUCUCAAGAAUUGAAGGUUUUUAUUUGAAAUUAAUUCAAAGACAUCCCAAUUCAAAUGAAUUUGUUUAAAAACUGGUAAUGUUUGAGCUGCUUGGAAUUUUCAUGAGAGUAUGUUUAACUUCAGAUUUGUGAAUAAAAUUCAAGAAGUUUAUUGGUUGGAUUAUAGCGACAAGUGAAUGAUAAAUUUGGUCAAUUUUCCACGUGCAAGUUAGUAUUUUUGUGUGGCCUUAAUCAAUUUGAAAUGAAUAAUGACAAUUUAUUGUAGCAAUAACUUUAUAAUAUCUUGUAUUUUUCUAAUUUAUCAUAAAGGUUGAAUCAGAAUUUUAUUGCAACUUUCUGGAGUUUGAAUUGUUAAAUUAUAGAACCAAGUGAUAAAAUAAAUAAAAAAUGUAUUCUUGUA